AUGGCUGAAAUAGCUGAAUUAAUGGAAUAUGAAGAAGGAAGCAAAGAAAAAAAGCGUUUCGAGGUAAAAAAAUGGAAUGCAGUAGCAUUAUGGGCGUGGGAUAUAGUUGUUGAUAAUUGUGCUAUUUGUCGAAAUCAUAUAAUGGAUCUGUGCAUCGAAUGUCAAGCUAAUCAAUUAGGUCCAGUUUCGUUUGAAUUAUGGGUUAUGGGUGUUAAUAAAUGUACGUUUCAGGCAGCUCCUACUACAGAAGAAUGCACAGUAGCUUGGGGCGUAUGCAACCAUGCAUUUCACUUCCACUGCAUUUCAAGAUGGUUAAAAACGCGGCAAGUAUGUCCUUUGGAUAAUCGUGAAUGGGAAUUUCAGAAGUACGGUCAUUAA